CCUCCCUCAUUCCCUCCAAGGGCCAGCCGACCCUCUCUGCCGCCCCUCCUCCUCCGUUUCCCACCCCUCGGAGUGGAGCUGCACAUGCGGCGGCUCCCUGCCGCGUCCCGCCCAGCCUCCGUAGCGCAGGAACGGGUCCCUGCCACCCCCAGCCGAUGGCAGGACAGUAGCCGCCUGUCAGGGGUCGUGAACGGCUGAGGCAGACGCGGCGGCUCCCGGGCCUCAGAGAGUCGGUGUCUCCGGAGGCCAUGGGCUACCCCGAGGUAGAGCGAAGGGAAGCUCUGUCCGCGGCAGCGCCGCGGGAGCGGGGGAGCCAGGGCUGCCGCUGUCGCGGGGCCCCUGCCCGCGCGGGCGAAGCGAACAGCUGCCGGCUCUUCCUGGGUUUCUUUGGCCUCUCGCUGGCCCUCCACCUGCUGACGUUGUGCUGCUACCUAGAGUUGCGCUCUGAGUUGCGGCGGGAACGGGGAGCUGAGUCCCGCCUUGGCGGCCCCGGCACCCCUGGCACCGUGAGCAGCCCCGGUGGCCUCGACCCUGACGGUUCCAUCACCCGCCACUUCGGGCAGCCGUCACCUCAGCAGCAGCCGCUGGAGCCCGGAGAAACCACACUCCCUCCAGACUCCCGGGAGGGGCACCAGAUGGCCCUUCUGAAUUUCUUCUUCCCUGAAGAGAAGUCAUAUUCUGAAGAAGAAAGUAGGCGUGUUCGCCGCAAUAAAAGAAGCAAAAGCAGUGAAGGAGCAGAUGGUCCAGUUAAAAACAAGAAAAAGGGAAAGAAGGCAGGCCCUCCUGGACCCAAUGGCCCGCCAGGACCUCCAGGACCUCCUGGACCCCAGGGACCCCCAGGGAUUCCAGGGAUUCCUGGAAUUCCAGGAACAACUGUUAUGGGACCACCUGGCCCUCCAGGUCCUCCUGGUCCUCAAGGACCCCCUGGCCUCCAGGGACCUUCUGGUGCUGCUGAUAAAGCUGGAACUCGAGAAAACCAGCCAGCUGUGGUGCAUCUACAGGGCCAAGGGUCAGCAAUUCAAGUCAAGAAUGAUCUUUCAGGUGGAGUGCUCAAUGACUGGUCUCGCAUCACUAUGAACCCCAAGGUGUUUAAGCUACAUCCCCGCAGUGGGGAGCUGGAGGUACUCGUGGACGGCACCUACUUCAUCUAUAGUCAGGUAGAAGUAUACUACAUCAACUUCACUGACUUUGCCAGCUACGAGGUGGUGGUGGAUGAGAAGCCCUUCCUGCAGUGUACCCGCAGCAUCGAGACAGGCAAGACCAACUACAACACUUGUUACACCGCAGGUGUCUGCCUCCUCAAAGCCCGGCAGAAGAUCGCCGUGAAGAUGGUGCAUGCAGACAUCUCUAUCAAUAUGAGCAAGCACACUACCUUCUUUGGGGCCAUCAGGCUGGGCGAGGCCCCUGCAUCCUAGAUUUCCCCUAUUUUGCCCCUUGCCUGUGCCCCUGCUCCAGGUUUGGGAGCCAGGACUCCCAGAACCUCUAAGUGCUGCUGUGGAGUGAGGUAUAUGGGUAUUGCAGCCACAGAGAGAAAUGCCCCAGUGCUAUUUAUUCCCCAGUGACUCCAGGAUGACAAGCCCUGCUUGACUUUCCAGAAUGACCUUGAGUUAACAGGACAGUUGAUGGAGCCCCAAAGUUUACAUGAAGCAGAACCUUCCUCCUCGGCUCCAUGCUGACUAACUGGCUUAUGGCAUGACUCUUCAGCCUCAAGGUCCCUGCUGUCAGAGUUCUGGUUUGUUGCACUAAAGUGAGGGUCCAGGGCAGCAGGCAAGAGAAAGCAAAGGUGUACUCCAGACUGUGAGGGUAAACCUGACCCAAAGGGGGCUGCUGUUCCUCUCUUGGGUGGGGGUGGGGCCAGGGAUGGGAUGGGAGGGGAGUGUUGCAUCCUAAGGAGAAGGGCAAGGAGGGGGAAGGCAGGUGUUGUGGCACAGACCAAGGGAGAACCCUGCCAAGCGGGCAUCCUCAGCAGUGGCAGCGUUCUUGCUGCUCCGCACUGCAGUCUACCGAGGGUCGGAGAGUUCUUCCCACUCAGCCUGAGAGCUGUGUCGUGGCAGCUUGCUGGACUUUGGGGACAAGAGGUUUGCUCUUCCUUGUAGCAAUUGCAGGGAAUGGCCACAACCUGCCUGCAUGAGAACCUGAAGCCAAACUUGUGGCCACAUGUCUUUCACUUUGUUUACAGCUAUGCUCCAUGCUCAGAAACCUCCCUGGGUCCCUUCCCAAUUGCCCCCCUUCCCAGCCUGACUAGAACUCCUGUCUUCUUUCUCCACAGAGCCUACCUCUGUCUGAGGCAGGUGCCUAAUCUGGGACCUGUGCUUAUGUGAGUCUGAGAUACUCUUUAGAUUACCUGGGCCCAAAGAGAAUUUUCCAUUUAUUAAGCAAAACAAAUAUUAGUCUAGUCGAGUUGUGUCUGGGGCAAAGGGUUAGACUGGCUGACCUCCAGAAGUCCUUUCAAAUUCUCAUAUUUAGGCAGCUACCCUGAUAGCCUACUAAACUUCCCAAACCCUAGACUGCUUCUGGGCAUUGGUGAGACAGAGCUUUUCUAUGUGACCCAGAGAGGGUAAGAGGUGGGGAUAGGACAGAGGGGUUUUUCCAAGUUUGCUGCAACUCAAGUGAUCAUCAGCCCAGGCUUUACCUGAAAGGACAGCAGCUGAUGCCCUAGUGACAAACACUUUCUUUGCUCUGGUUUCAGAAAGCCACAGCAGAGCAUAGUCACCAUAGAUUCCAGUGCUGCUCCCCUGAAUCCAGGCUCAGGAGAAGCCAGUGUCUAGGCAUUGGACAGGGCUCUGCCCUCUAGUCAGGUCCGAAGACACCUUCCCCCCUACCCAAGCUUCCCACCAGAUCAUAUGGUGGGACCAGUCAAGGGCCUUAUUUCUAACUGUCUGGGCCCAGCCUGGCUUCUGGGUGCUGGGUCUCACCCAAAGCCAGGAGGGCUAGUCUUGUACAAUCUACUACUGGUGCUCCUGAAACAAGUUUCCUUUUGAAGAGAUGGGGAAUAAGUUCCUUCAGGCAGCUGAAAUUCGCCAAGAACAACAGGUACUCAUUUCUCAGCUGUGCCUUCCCUUUCUGAGCAACUACGCUGCUUGGCCCCCAGGGGUCAGGGAGAGAGGUGAUGGGCUACGCCACCAUUGCCUGUUGCUAAUGAGAGCUUUGUAACCCAGGUGAGGCAAACUAUAGGCCUGUGUCUGGCCCCGGCCCUUAUAAAGUGCCUUAGUCCUCAGUUGUAGCAGGAUCUGAUGAGAACCUCUCCUUAAAGUUUGGAAAGUACUUUCUUUUUUUGAUAAUAUUAGAAAUCCCAUUGUUUAGAUGAGGCUUAGAGAAGUUAAGUGCUUUGACCAAGAUGUCACUCAGCUUAAGUCACAGACCUGGGGUUUCAGCCAGAUCUGACUCCAAGGCUAUUCCAUUAUACUGCAGCGUUGUGUUGAAUUUGGGAUCUAGAGAGAACAAAUAAAAAUGGUAAUAUGGACCCAAAAUCUUGAGGGUCUUAGAGAGAAACCCAGAGAUGCUCGUUUUCAUUCCUUGAUGGUAAUUCCUGUUCUCUUGGCUGCUGGAGCCUCUGUGGCAAAAGAGUAGGACAUUUAUUUGGCAAACAGCCAUCAGCCUUAGAGCUCUUAUGUUCAGAAGAAUUGUCUUGGUGCCAUCUCCAAGCAGCUAGCCUUCAGUACCACAGAACUGAUACACCUUAUGUUCUUUCACCCUCCCAAUGAACCAACCAACCUUUAUGUAUGAAGCCCCUACUAUGGGCAGGGUCCUCUUUUGGUUACCAUAGAGAGGGGUUACAGGAGCUGGCCCACUUCCCACAGCUACUAAGUGACUCAUCUCUUGCUACCAUACCACAGAGGCCUUUGUGGUGAUCUCUUAGGGAUGGAGAGAAGACCUGAGAAAGGACUGGUUCUAAAGCCAAAAGGGCGUGAGGAGAGGGAAGGAAAAGGCUUCCUAAUUGUGUCUCUAAAGGACUUCUGACACCCAUCCUUUUCUCCAGAUAUAGAGGCACUUAAUAGGGGAAAUAGGAUUCACACACGACCACGAUUCAUUGUGAACUCUCAAAAGGAACCCUAGAGGGAGGGGGGUGAUGAGGGAAGCAAUAGGUAGUUGAGGAGUCCUGUCGCUGUGAAGUUAUUGGCAAAGUGGUGAAGCAAUUUACUUGUAAGAGAAUGUGGAAAUAGAUUUACACUUUGGAAUUAUGCUGAUAUGAGUUUAGCAGAGAGCCAAGGCUAGCAUGUAGAAUGGAACGAGGACAUUUGUGAGUAAGCAGAUGACAGAGAGAAUCACAUAGCAGGGGCCUUUGCCAGCUACUUGGGCUUCAACAGCCAGAGCUGGCACAAAAGGCAGCUGUUAGGGGCUGCUCAGCUACCCAUUCCUUGGAAAACGUAGUCCUUGCUUUAUUUUCCCCUUCAUCCAUCUUGAGCCAAAUUUCUUUUGCUGAGCAGGAAAGUCCUAGGAACCCUGGAGGUGAACAAAGACUUUGAUCCACGUGUCAGUAGAGUGUUUUAUAUAACUUCUGGUGGAUGCAAAUAGAGUCAGAGAAAUUUAGAGCUACAAAGGCCCUUAGAAGGAAUCUAGCCCAACCCCACGUUACUUAAACAUGAAACUGAGGCCCAGAGAGGAAGGGUGACCUGCCCAAGAUGUAUGAGCCCAAACUCCAGACUCAGCAGAGUGAGGGAGUGGAGCAGUCCCUGUCCCAUAUGGCCUCCUUUUUUCUUCCACCCAUAGACUCAAGGCUGAAAGUGCUUGGCCCCCUUCAGGAGCUGGGACAGGUGGGGAGAGAGUAGCAGCAACCUUCAUCAGAACUCCUCCUCCCCCCAAGGCAUACUCCCAGCUCCUGCCUCUGGACUGGAGGCUCUGGAUUGGCCCAACACCAGGAAGUCCUAAGGCCACCCUGGCGCUGCCUCAGGCCCCGUCCCUGUCUGGAGGCUCCCCUAGGCCAUGUGAGCACAAAAAAGAACUGGAUUUUUUCUUUUAAUCCAUUUCAGGGCUCUCUCCAAGAGGAGUUGGGGGUUGUCAUUUCUUUUUUCAAAAAGCUUCCAGCUGGAGUAAGGGGUGAGCGUCGUUGUGAGAAUGGCCUGGAGCAGGCCCAGUGCUGCCUUGGGGGUCAGCAUCCAGUGUGAGAUACUGUGUAUAUAAACUAUACAUAAUGUAUAUAAACUGGGAUGUAAGUUUGUGUAAAUUAAUGGUUUAUUCUUUGCAAAUAAAGCUUUUCCCCCCUGUUCUUGAAA